GAAGGAGUUGGUUUGAUGGGAAGUCGUAAUGUCAUUUGCCUUUUUCCAAUAUGUCAUGAUAUAUAUGUCAUGGACCACCUAUUGAGCUGUUCAUUUUGUUACACACACCUUUUAAGUAAAUCCGAUGUUAAAUGGGGUGAAAAGGAGACAGGAGUGCCACUUUACAAGUUGCACAAAAAUACUUCUCCAGUUGUAUGACAACACCGCCAUCCAGUGGCUAGUGCAACAUCUCUGUUUCUGGUUGAGAUUUGAGUCACUGAACGCCUUCCGACAGAGACAAAACAUGUCAUGUACGUAACGGUUUGAAUUAGCUGUUCAUUUCACAAGUUGUGGAUCACCUGCUAUAUGAUUCCCGUCGUGUUGUUGGCCAACAACCCAGAAAGAUGCCACAGAAAACACUGGGAUCCAUUGUAGGUCUGCUUUGCACCGGGACCUGUUUGGUACAGGGUAAGGAGUUCUGUUUUGGAGUGAACAAUGAGCAAUACCGGUGUGAGAUGGGGUACUGCUGCGGUGAGACGGAGUGCUGCACCUACUACUACGAGCUGUGGUGGUUCUGGCUGGUGUGGACCCUCAUCAUAAUGCUGAGUUGCUGCUGUGCCUACCGUCACCGCCGGGUCAAGAUGCGGCUGCAGCAGGAGCAGCGCCAGCGCGAAAUCAGCCUUAUGGCCUACCAGGGUGCUUCUAGCGCCUUCAUUUCCCCUCCACCCCUCAACCUGAGGUUCUGGACAGACUGCAAGCUUCCUGACUAUGAGGAGGUGGUGGGUCAUCCCCCGACUCCCCCUCCGCCUUACUCCGAGAUUCCCCCAGAGACCACCACUGCCAUCAUGCUGCCCUCCAUCCAAUCAGAAGUGGUCUUGAUGCUGGAGCCCUCAACAGAGGACGUGCCAAGAGAGGAGCAGACCGCCAAUUUGUCAUCAGACCAAGAAGCCGCGUCUGUGCCCAGCCAAUCAGAGCGACCAGUGGAGGUGGACCCUGAAGGCCCAUUGGAGGAGCUGCUGACCCGGCGCAGGCACGUGACAGGCGAUUCAGGGAUUGAGGUGUGUGUUUGCCAACUAGAUGAGGGCUCUGGGCCGGAGGAGGACGAGGAGCUGGUGUGUCAGGGGGUCACGGGGGACUGCUGCUCUGCCUCUGAUAACCACCACACCCUCAGACAUAAAGCGAGAACCCCUGAGCCCCAACCUCAGGGUCAGACCACCAGCACCGGAGACCGCCUGGUCUGAGCUCCACCACCUACCAUCCCAGAGGCUGCUGUUGCUGCCCGAUCUGUGCUUUAGGGAGGGAGACCCAGGAGAGCUCUUGUCAUUGUCAUCAUAACAAUAACUCCGACACCACCAGCAAAUGAAUGCCCCACAAUAACUCACCAAAUUAACCAGGUUGUCCUGUUGUUUAACAUCCUUCUCAGUUAUGAUCCAUAUAAUGAAGAUGACAAAAAGAAAAGCUCUUAUUUGAGAAAUAUGAUUUUUUCAUGUGGCUAAUGACUUAAUUGUUUAAUACCCAUGGUCCCUCUGCUUUGUUUAGUUCUUAACAUGGGGAUGAUGAGGAAUAAUGUUAAGUCUUCCUGGAUGGGGGAGGGGCUAAAACCUCUAGAGACCACCAGGUGGUAAGAAGAGGUGUUGACGCUGGCACAGAAUUGACUACAUCUACCCACCCCCACUGUCUGGCCUGGACAUUUUCUUCUGGUCCUUCUAACAUUUCCCCCGCGUGGGGACAGGACAGUAUACCGCAACAGUCACCAACCCACAGGCCUCUAGGCCCCAGCACAUAAGGGUCAAAACAGGAAAAUAAUGCUUCAAGACACAAUCCUGACCUGAGGGGACUGAACAAGGUGUACG